AUGCUUGCCGUGCAAUUUCUUAUUGUCUGCACAACAAGCGUCUCACUAUUAUCCGGUGUUGCGCAAGCCGGAACAACUCCAAACUUCAAUUUCAACCAACCUCAUGAUAUAAAUGAUAGAACACCGUGUUGUGUAGACCGGCUGACAACUCUAACAUGUAGCAGAAUGAGGAUUAACACACCUGCCAAAUUCUUGAAAAGAUGUGCAAAUGACCCAGAUUUUGCUCUAAUUCAAUGUUGCUCUUCAUGUUUUGAUCGAAGGAGCUCUGCGAGCAGUGAAAAGUACAAUUUGGUUGUCAGAAGACAUUUGGAGGACCCGAUGAAAGUUACUUGUAUAGACAGGCGUGGUGGUGACUGGUGCCAGAAAAUGGCAAGAAGAGAAAACUACUGGCAAGACGCGAGUUUCAGCACUAUUGGAGGUUGUGGUGCAUUCCCUUCCGCAUUCCGGGAAUGUCGAAACACAUGUGGAUACUGUUCAGCCACAAUGCAAAUGACAGUAGUCAAGUACGACUACAAGCUAGCUACAAGUACACAGAGAUGUGACAUAAAAACAUACUUUGCGAGGACAGAUGACGAAAUGAAAAAGAAGUACAAUCCAGCUAGAAAAGAGUUCGACCCACUAGCUCGUCUGACAUGGAAAAGGCCAAAAGACACCGACUACUUUGUUGUCGAGGACCAUAACUACGAGGAUUUUAUGUAA